UUGUGUUAAUCCUUCUUUAACCUGUCUCCUCUUCAUAUACACUUAUUGAAGUGGAUUUAACAAAUGACAUCAAUAAGGGAUCAUAGCGUUCACCUGGAUUCACCUGUUCAGUCUAUGUCAUGGAAAGAGCAUGUGUUCUUAAUAUUUUGUACACUGUGUAUUAUGAAGGCCUACUAGUUCAGAGUCUGAUGUGCUAUGUCUGACCAACUCUCUCGCUAUCUCUCUCAGAUCAAUCUUCUUGACCCUAACCAGUCAAGCUUCCAGACGGGUCACUCAACUGAGACUGCUCUUCUUUGUGUCACAGGGGGCUCACCGUACUGCCAGAGCUGACUCCCUCCUCUGUUCUCAUCCUCCUAGAUCUAUCUACUGCCUUCAACACCAUGAACCAUCAGAUCCUCCUCUCCACCCUCUCAGUGCUGGGCGUUUCAGGCUCUGCACACUCUUGGAUUGUACCCUACCUGGCAGGCCACUCCUACCAGGUGGCGACACAUAUCUCUGUGUGCCUGUCAGAUAUCUCAGCUUGGAUGUCGGCCCACCACCUCAACCUCGACAAGACGGCGCUGCUCUUCCACCUGGGGAAGGCCUGCCCGCUCAAAGACCUCUCCAUCACAGUUGACAAAUCCACGGUGUCCCCCUCCCAAAGUGUAAAGAACCUUGGUGUGAGCCGCGUGACCCUGGACAACACCUUAUCGUUCUCUGCCAACAUCAAAGCAGUGACUUGCUCCUGCAGGUUCAUGCUCUACAACAUCCAUAGAGUACGACCCUACCUCACACAGGAGGCUGCGCAGGUCCUAAUGCAGGGACUUGUCCUCUCCUGUCUGGACUACUGCAACUCGCUGUUGGCUGGGCUCCCCACGUGUGCCAUCAAACCCCUGCAAAUUGUCCAGAACGCUGCAACCCGCCUGGUUUUCAACAUUCACAAAUUCUCCCAUGUCACCCCACUCCUCCGCACAUGCCACAAACUCACAUCCACUACAAGACCAUGGUACUUGCCUAUGGAGCAGCAAGAAGAACUGCCCCCCCCCCCCAUGUAGUUCUGUCUUUGAGCUGUUAUUGUCUAUUAAUGUGCUGUAUGAUGUCAUGUUUUGUGUGGACCCCAGGAAGAGUAGCUGCUGCUUUUGCAACAGCUAAUGAGGAUCCUAAUAAAAUAACAAAAUACGUUCAA